ACAUUUUGGAACCCGAAUAUCUGUUGUUCUUCUUGACUGGUCUGACCCCCUGGACCUUGUCACCAGAACUUGCACAGACAGAAAAUGUGGCGCUCCUUAAAAUCAUCUCCACAUUGUACUGCAGCUCACCACCCACAAUCCAAAACUCUCCUGUUCCUUAUAUUCCAAAUCCACAAAAGAAUUGCUACAUACUUUCCUAUGCACAGAAAUUCUCAUCUUGACCAACCCCACCCUAGAUUGCAGCUCCCAGAAUUUGGGUCUACGACGCAUUAUAGAUUCUCACAAGAUUAUCGAGACAGAUGAGUGACCUUGUCUAGUCGUCACAUCAGUAAUCAAAUCUCGAGAUUACAGCUGUUUCUGGACUCUAAUCACCCACUUCCUCCUGUCAGGACUUACACAUCCUGACAUCAGAUCAUAUUAUUCGUUGGACAACUAAAACCCCCCUCGCCUUGCUGCAUCUCAAUUCCGAUGCAGCUAGCUAGGCUUGCAUUUCCAGAAACCCUUCGAUAGCUCUAUGGAUUAGGUUUUGUGCCAUUUCAUCUUAUUUAAACUUUAAUAUCCACACCACAUGACAAAAGAACUGUACACCGCAACCAGUUCCAAAUCUAUAUUGCCAGACAUCACCACGGAAGGGCACUGUGCAUAAGCUGGGUACUUCCAGAACGGUCGAAACUUCAGCUAUCCGUGUGCUCCAUAAAUGUAUAUGCUGAUCCAUUCAUACAUCAUCGACUGCUGUACUUGAAGAUUAUACCCUUUACAGUCCCCACCAAGGUUGGAGUACCUCCGACAACUGCUCCAAAUUCCACAAUAGAGCAGAUAGUUUGAUGUAGAAGGUGCUUAGGAAACUACAACUUAACUUACAUUCCAAUCUAUUUGAAUUUUGUACGGAAGGUGCUGCUCGUAGCUCACCACGUCUCGUUAUCAUCAUGGCUGGUACAGGUCGCCUAGACCUGUCUAAGCAAUCAAUACCGGGCCAGCAUCUUCUUACACUCGAACGCGACCCUUAUGCACAGCAUUCUCAACAGUUCCUAAGUUCGGCCCGGUCCUAUGCGGAUCUGAACUAUCUUUUUGGGGCCCAGGACAUAGCGAUGAUUGGGCCCAUUCCGAAAACAAAUCGACGAAAAUCAAGCCAGGGAAUCGAGCAUGUGAAGCAUCGUCGGACAAGAUCUGGCUGUUAUACUUGUCGUAGUAGACGAGUGAAGUGUGACGAACACCGCCCAAAAUGUGAUAGAUGCACAAAAGGCAAUCGAGAAUGUGUAUACCCAGAUGUGCAGAAACCGGCAAAGGGUGCGGGAAACACUUCAUCUAAAGUUGGGCAGUCAAAGCCAUCAGAAAGCCCUGGUUCAUCUGAAGAUGAAUACGAGGACCGAGACGUUGAGCGUCUGGAGGUUAUCCGAGAUGAAGAUGAGGUCGAAAGCCAAUCCAAGUAUUCGAAAAAUAGUUCGAACCUCAAUGCCAGCGCACACAGUUCGAAUUCUUCCACUCGUAUUAAAAGUGGCACAAGGCAAAGCUCAGAGACCCCGUCUUUGAUACAAGAAACAGGCUCUUCUCCGACACCCUCAACUGAAGGCUCUAUUGGGUAUUCUUCAUUUGAGCAAUUUGGCAGUAGUCCUCAAUUUUACGACCAGACAUUCGCAAAUGACUUGGGAUCCGACAACUCGAGGAACAGCUGGUCGCAUUUACCACCCGAUCUACAAUUUUACUUGACAUAUUAUUGCCAAAAUAUCACCUUCAUGCAUUACAGCUUGAGGUCCAACAAUGAGGGCUUCAUUCACAAAUUGUUAUUGGAUGUCGCCAUCCGACAUGAACCACUUCUCUACGCAGUGGUAGGGUUUUCAGCUUUCCAAUAUGCAGUAGAGAAACAAGAAGGCAAAAUCCAAGACUUUCUACAGUACUACAAUAAAGCAGUAUCCUUGCUUUUAGUCUCACUAAAGAAUGGUGCUCGACAUACUACAGGUACAAUUUUAGCUAUCUUACAAUUGGCAACGAUCGAAGAGUAUCUCGGGGAUUGGGCGAAUCUUUUAGGCCAUCAAAAGGCUGCAUACGAAAUAUUGGUAGAUCUAUUUUCCCCACAAACAAUCUUCGAGACAGGUAUAGGCCGCGCCAUUUUCGGAUGGUAUACACGUUUCGAUGUCAUGGCUGGGAUUAUGGGUGGUUUUGAUGCCUCGAUUUCAAGAGAAUGGUUUUCAUAUGCACAGGAAUAUUUCAAGAAUCGAAUCGCGCAAGAACCAGAUAAUCUAGUAUGGAAAUUGGAGCAUCAGGCGUCAGCAAUGCGUCUUGUAGGCAAAGAGAUGUCGACGUUAUUUGCGAAGCAAGGAAAAGGAGAAAUUACUCAUGAACAAUUUAUCUUUGAAAAUGCAAAGAUGACACAGCGUAUGAAGGAUUGGAAAGACAAUAUGGACCCAGCGCUGCUGGAUAGUCGAUAUUUGGUCACAGAUUUCCCCCCAGCACAACUCGGGAGUCUAUUUGAUCCACGCAUGCCAGGUGUACUUUAUCGUGGGCCGCUUUGGGCGAUUAACAUAGAUUCGAUGGAUCGGUAUGCUGUAGCCUUGAUGCAUGGGCUGCAUACUGCUCAGGCGAUGCAGAUGCCACCUGAUUUUGAAGUUAUGAACAGGUUAUCCGAAGAUUUAUGUCAGAUGUAUGAGGCAAUUUUGCAUCAUCCAGAGACACCAAAAGGGGCAGCCGUUGGCCUCCAAGGAGGUCUUGGUAUUGCUGUGUUCUUUCUAUCCAAAGAUGAAGCAUAUAAUAUGUGGAUGCGCCGAAAGUUGGCAACGAUAGAGUCUCAGGGGUUCAUACAAACUUUCGCGUUCAGGAGCAAAAUGGCAGAACUAUUUCGAGAUAAUUCUUGCAUGCAUUGGUGGUUACCAAACGACGAACUAUAUCAUCCAAUAAUUCGAUCGAUAAGAAAAUUUGUCGAGGAUCGAACCUCCUUGCCAAAGAACGCUGAGAGCAAAGACGUGCAGGACAUGAAGGCGGUUUUCUCUGCUAUGGAUAUUAGUGACCAGAGUGAUAGCUCACCUCAAAUGAGCAACAAGGGAAAGUCAGUAUCCACGGAUUUCGACGUAGCUAGCAGCUCGGGGUGGUCUCCUGCUCAGACAAGCAAUGAUUACAGUCAAAAUGAAUAUGGGGGCGACUCUAGGAGCGAACAGUCUCCCUGGAACAAUCAAACUGGGGGUUAUUGAUGAACAAGACGAUUAUUCGAAACCAAAAAGUACCGUAGGGACUAUCAUAGAUUGGAAUGGCUCCGUGGUGUUCGUUCAAACGCCCGUCGUGAUGCCACUUCAGAGUCAAUCCAACAAUCCGACUCGAGGACAUCGUCUUGAAACCAUUACCUGAGGAAAUUCAAGAGAAGAAGAAAUAGGACAAUUUACUAAGCUUUAGUACAGAUUAGCGCAGUCGUAAUGAUCGCGUGGUUAUAGUCCUCGAAGAGAGAGGACAGGAGCGGGGUCCCAUCUUCCCCAGGGUGAAGCAAUGGUCAUCAGAUGCUACAGAGAAAGCAUUGCCUGCACGGAGUAUGCGAUCGUAUAUCAAUGCAACAUGCGUGGUAUAAUCUGACCACCCAACAAUGUCAAAUCGAACACCAAAAUUUUAAUGAAUUAAUGAGCAACCAUAGAUCUUGGCGUUGUGCGAAGUGAACAAUAAAAUAAACAUUUGUAUAG